AGAUGAGCGCACCAAAACUGGCUUCUGGGCGGAUUCCUUGCGAGCAAGACCCCAAAGUCCGGGAAAGGAGGAAGAAGGGGAGGCCCGGUCCCGACUGCAAUCCUUCUACCUUCUCUCCCUUCCUCCUUUCUCAGCCCGCGGAAUUCUGAACCCGAAAUUAACGGAAGAGUUUGCGGCGAAUGAAUCGAUCUAGGGCUUCCCUCCAGUAACCUCUCACGCCUUAUUUCUCCAUCUCUCCUAAUCUCAGAUCUAGAUCCGGUCAAUCAACAGCAAUUCCAUGGCGGUGGCAGCGGCAUCGGCGUCGAGACGGCUGCGAGAGCUCCAAUCACGUACGGGUAACAAAACGUGCGUGGACUGCUCGCAGAAGAAUCCUCAGUGGGCAUCGGUUUCCUACGGCGUCUUCAUGUGCCUUGAAUGCUCCGGCAAGCAUCGCGGCCUCGGUGUUCACAUCAGCUUCGUCCGAUCCGUGACCAUGGACUCUUGGUCCGAGAUACAGCUUAAGAAGAUGGAGGCCGGCGGAAAUGAUCUUCUCAACGCCUUCUUGGUGCAGUAUGGAAUCCCGAAGGAGACCGACAUCGUGGCGAAGUACAACACAAACGCUGCCGGCGUCUACCGCGAUCGGAUCCAGGCGAUUGCUGAGGGCCGGCCAUGGCGCGACCCGCCCGUAGAGAAGGAAACGAUCGGCGCUAGUGCGAAGAAGCCGCCGCUUGGACAGUCGGUGAGCUCGAGCAAUGAUAGCUGGGAUAGCUGGGACAGUAAAGACUAUCGUUCUGUUGAUAUUAGAAGGAAUCAGUCGGCCAACGAUGUUAGACCUGGGAUUAUUGGAGGUGGGACAGGAGGGGUGCCGUCAAGAUCUAGAUCGACGGAGGAUAUAUACACAAGGGCGCAGCUGGAGGCAUCUUCCGCUAAUAAAGAGAGCUUCUUUGCUAGGAAAAUGGCGGAGAAUGAAUCCCGUCCGGACGGAAUCCCGCCAUCCCAGGGAGGGAAGUACGUGGGGUUUGGAUCGGCCCCGCCGCCAUUGGCCCAGCGGAAUGGCUCGCAAGGGGAUGUGCUGCGGGAUACAAUGUCUGUUGUCUCUCAGGGCUUUGGUCGACUAUCUCUGGUUGCAGCCUCUGCUGCACAAUCUGCUGCAAGUGCUGUCCAGGCAGGCACGAAGGAAUUUUCAUCAAAGAUGCAUGAAGGAGGAUAUGAUCAAAAAAUGAACGAAACAGUUAGUGUGGUGACAGCAAAGACCACUGAAAUUGGGCAGAAGACAUGGGGAAUCAUGAAAGGGGUCAUGGCAAUGGCUUCACAGAAGGUCGAGGAAUUCACAAAGGAAGGGAGCAACUGGAAAGCUGAUGAUAGACAGCAGACUAAUGGCCUGAAGAAUGCCUAUUAUCAUGACUUUGGAGGGAAGGGCAGUGGUGGCUUGCCCAACGAACAUUCAAGGGGACAAUACAAUUCUACGAGCACGUGGGAUGACUGGGACGAGAAGGAUAGGAAAGGCGGGCCUGGGAAGAGUCGUCAAAAUGGCGAUGAUUGGGCUGGGUGGGACGAUGUGAAGGAUGAGGACUCUGACGAAGAUGAUAAGCACCGCCACAGCUCGUCGGGAAAGGGCGUUAAAUCUGGUUCUCGGUGGAGUGAUGGUGGUUUCCAUUAGUACUCUUUGCUUCUCUUUCAAGGUUUUUUGUUUCUUAAUAUAAAGAUCUGUGAGAAAAGGAUUGGGGACCUCUAGACCAAUAAAUAUUAUUGUAUAUGAAACUUGGUCUUGUAUUUUGUUUCCUGAUUCCUUGACCCCCUUGUUUUUAAUGUUUUGAUACCUGAACGUGUCCGUGCUGAAAGGCUAGUUGGUGCUUAAUAUUUAUGAUGAUAAAAUUGUAAUUUUGGAUUUUUUGAAUUUGACAUGUGUGGGUUACCGUUUGCUUA